AUGUAUGCAGAUAUCUCCAAGCCUCCUGCUCCUCUUCCCCAAGCCAAGCCUCAAACGGUAGCUGAGGGCAUCACACUUUUGCCUCCCCUGUCGAGACUGGGACACGGUCCAGGCCUUGUGAUUCUCCAUCCUGACUCAGACAAGCACUUGGAUAUCAUUGAUGGCGUUCCCUCAGCUCUCGUCAAGUGGGCUGAAGAAGGGUAUGCUGUUGUUGAAGUACAGGCUAAGGCUUUCAAGGCAGAUGCUGGUGAUGUUUUGAAGAGUGCACUGCAAGCGUUGAGGAUUUGUGAUGGGUUCGUGAAAGAUAGCAAGAUUGGACUUAUUGCAUACGAUCCUCAACUGUGGAACAAAUUUGCCCCAGUCCUUACCGGCAGCGACAUAACCGGUGCCAUAAUUUACGCCAACGCAGCCGACUUAGCAACACUACAAGACGCCACGAUCCCUACACUUAAGCAUAUAGCAUCACGCACCGAGAAACUCGAGCGAAACAAUGGAUCAACAACCUAUUCCUACCCAUCGGCCAAGUCUCACUUGGUAGCGGUUCCCUUCACCGAAGACUUCAAUUACUCGACCGAGUCUGUCUCACAUACGAGAAAUUUGACAUUCCUCAAGCCGUUGACAAACGGUCCAUACUUCGAUCUCGAAGCUAUAUGGGAUGAACAUACAUAUUACGAGUUUGCGGAUCGGUCGGUUGAACAUACCAUGAGUACGAUGGUUGAUCAGCCUUAUGUCAAUCACGUACCUACUCUCACGGGUGGAAUUGGUCGCACGUCGUUGUCAACGUUUUAUCGCGACAACUUCAUCUUCCAGAAUUCUGAUGAUACAGAGCUUGAGCUAAUUAGUCGAACCAUCGGUAUUGACCGUGUCGUCGAUGAGUUUCUUUAUAAAUUUACACAUGGCAAAGCCAUUGACUGGCUUCUUCCCGGUGUCCCGCCCACUAAUAAGAAAGUGGAAGUGCCUUUCACAGCGGUAGUAAAUAUUCGCGGCGAUCGACUGUACCAUGAGCAUAUCGCAUGGGACCAGGGAACUGUUCUUGCUCAGGUCGGUUUGAUGCCACAGUAUUUACCAUUUCCUUAUCCUGUGGAGGGACAGAGGGAGGGGGCCAAGUAUGAGUACCGUGUUCCAGUCACGGGCAUUGAUACAGCGUUGAAGAUGAGGGAUCGCAACUCGGUUGCUUCAAAUGAGAUGUUUGGGUACAAAGUUAGAGAAGUUUAG